ACAAGGCAUGCGUUCAUAUGAUCAAAGAUGACAAUCUGACAUAGCUCUGUUUGACGAUUUGACAUUUUAAGAAUUUUACAGAUUCUGUUUAUGUGAUCUAACAACUGUUUGAAGUGGUUUAAAUAAAAAUGGAAACCGAAGAAAGACUCAAUUAUGUAGAUAAACUGAUAUUAGCACCCAUGGUACGAAUUGGAACUCUUCCAACACGUCUUCUUGCCUUGGAGUAUGGGGCUGACAUAGUUUAUACCGAGGAAUUAAUCGACUGGAAAUUACUUCGAUCCAUCCGCCGAGAAAAUGACGUUUUAGGAACUGUCGACUUUAUCGACAGAACCGACGGAACAAUCGUUUUUCGAACCUGUCCUCGCGAAAGAAAACACGUCGUCAUCCAAAUUGGAACAUGCGACUCAACGCGAGCCCUAAAAGUGGGUAAAAUGGUGGAAAACGAUGUUGCCGGGAUCGACGUUAACAUGGGUUGUCCGAAGCGUUUUUCCAUUCUCGGCGGUAUGGGCGCUGCUCUCUUAGAAAAGCCGGAAAAGGCGAAAGAAAUUUUAAAAACCCUAGUCGAUGGAUUAAAGAUACCCGUUACCUGCAAAAUACGCGUUUUGCCGACCUUGGAAAAAACUUUAGAACUUUGUGACACUCUCGCAUCCACCGGAAUCUCAGCGAUAACUGUGCAUGGUAGAACGAGAGAUGAGCGACCUCAGCAUCCAAAUCGGAACGAUAUGAUCAAGAAAAUUGCUGAACAUCUCUCCAUUCCCGUUAUUGCCAAUGGAGGUUCCCGGGAAAUUGAGAAACGAGCGGAUAUUUUUAAUUUUAAAAGGGAAACCGGAUGUAGCAGUGUAAUGAUUGCGAGAACUGCCGAAUGGAAUUGUUCGAUUUUUCGGAAAAAAGGCUUACUCCCUAUGGAGGAAGUGAUUAAAUCUUAUCUGAAACUUGCAGUCGAUUUUGAUAAUGCGCCGACAAAUUCGAAAUAUUGUGUGCAGAAUAUUCUUCGGGAUCUUCAGGAUUCGCCUCUUGGAAGGAGAUUUCUGGACACCCAGACACUCGAGCAAAUUUGCGAGGUUUUUGAUAUGGACGAAUACUGUAGACAGAAAGCAAAAGAAUACAGAGAAAAGGGAUUGAUGGGUCGAUUCCAAGUUGAACCUGAGUCGUUUGCGCUUGAAAAUACGAAUGGAAACGGAUCUUGCAAGCGAAAAAUGGAAGAGGAAGACGUCACUUAUAUUCGGUGUGCUUUUAUCAGAAAUAAUUAUCCGAAUGAUAUAGAACUGCCAAAGACGAGGCUACUCAAGUGGACAAAGGAAAAUAGGAAAAAAAUGCCUGCUUAUGAAACUCAAAAUGCUGACAAACUUUUUCGAUCCGUGGUCCUCGUCGAUGGAAGGAAAUUCGGUUCUUUAUUUUGGGAGAAGAACAAAAAGUUUGCCGAGCAAGGAGCUGCUUUGGUUUGCCUUUGUUCUUUGGGCGUGAUCGAGCUGGAAACUUUAAUCAAAAAUGGAAGCAUACACGCGUGAUAGUUAGAAUUUUAAUACUGAAAAAAGUGUAAGUUCUUUUUUUCAGUGCGAAUUUUACAAAACAAUCGUAUUGUAUAUUUUUGUUUUAUUCGCCGAAACUUAUUUUUUAAAUUAUAUAAUUCAAUGACCUGUACAUAUACGAUAUGAAUGUGAAUAUAUAAUUU